AUGCAUCGUAUCCAACCGAUACCAAAGGAUUUGAAACAUUUGAAGGAGAAAUGUGUCAUACGGCCGAAUGGAAUGACAAAAUUAAUUUUCAAGGAAAACGAGUUGCUCUUGGUUAGUACCGGUUCAAGUACAAUUCAAUGUGUACCUAAAUUACACAGAAACUUUGGUGCUUCACAUUUAUAUGUUUUUCAACGAACAGCACCUUGUGUGACUCCGUUAAAGAAUCGAGCCAUGACUCCAUUCGAAAAGAAACUUUUCGCCACUGUACCAUUAAUUCAAAAAUUCUUUCGAGCUUGUGUCUAUUGGAGACUUGAAUCAACAGUUUUCUCGUUCAUUUAUCGUUGGCCUACCUGUUUCGUUGCGCAAAAACUCGUUAGAGAUAUAUUUCUCCGUCAAGUUAAAGGUCCUGAAUUACGCCAGAAAUUAUCUCCAACAUCUGAUUUCGGUUGUAAACGAAUACUGGUCAGUAAUGAUUGGUAUUCAACAUUACAGCAACCUAAUGUUACACUGGUAACAAAUCGAAUACGUCAAGUGAAACCACAUUCCAUUGUUACUUAUGAUGGAAAUGAAUAUCCAGUUAAUAUAAUCGUGUGGGCGUGGGUGUAAGUGUAGGUGCGAAUGUGGAUGUGGGUGUAGGUGCAUGUGUCAGUGUAUAGGUGUGGGUGUGGAUGUGGGUGUAGGUGCAUGUGUCAGUGUAUAGGUGUGGGUGUGGAUGUAGGUGCGGGUGUGGGUCUAUAGGUGUGGGUGUGGGUGUGUGAGUGUGGAUCUAGCGCGUGAACCACCCGCACCAGAUCCCAGACGUCACACCGACAGCAAUGU